CUCGAGUAUAACUAAUCCAAAAUGGUCUUCAAAGCCGUACUUUUCGUCUGCGCUCAGGCUCUCGUGAUGCAGUCCAUCUCCGGGCAGUGCUGCGGCGCCGGCUGGGCCUCCGCCCCGUACCUCGGCUCUUGGGCAGGCGCUCCCUACGGCGCUGCCGGUUUCUGCGGCGCCGCGCCCGCUUUCUCCGGCGGCUCUCUCCCAGUGGCCAGCGCCUCCCCUAUCCCACCGAACGGAGUGUCCGUGCUGUCUGAGAACGCUUACUGCGGAGAGCUCGCUGUCCGCGGCGCUCUGCCGUUCUUGGGAACUGUGGGACUAGAGGGCGCCCUGCCUACUGCCGGCUCCGGCUCGGUCGCGUACGGCUGCGGCAACGGAGAGGUCGCCAUGCUGACUGAGGACAUCGGUGCUGCCGCCUAUGCUCCGUUCGGAUACGGAUACGGAUACGAAGGUCGCGCUGGAUGCGGAUGCGGAUGUGGACGUCUCUACUGAGAAAGAGGACAAAGUUUCACAUCAUAACUUAUAAACUGGAUUAAUACAAAUGUCGCAUUUUACUAAAACUCUGUCUCAUGUCUAAAACCUUGAUUAAAUUCGAUGGACUAAAAGCUACAUAUUACAUACAUUAACUACAUCAACAAAACAAUUAAAUGAAAUUU